UUCGGAAAUGGACCAAAUGCUUUACUCGUUGGUACUUGUGGAUUGAGUAGGAGUUUUUGGGAGUGUGACGCGAGAGAAAUUCCGAGUAUAAAACUCGGCCAAAACCUUCUUAUAGCUAUUAUCAAAUACCUUUCUUCCUCUGCGAACCUAGAAAUUCUAGACAAGUUGAACGCCAAAUGGCUACCAUAGACGAAAGUCCCUCUGCUAAGCGGUGGCUUCCUCUUGAAGCUAAUCCAGAUGUUAUGAACCAGUUCCUUUGGGGCUUAGGUCUUCCGGAGAGUGAGGCAGAGUGCUAUGAUGUUUAUGGCUUGGAUGAGGAACUCUUGGAAAUGGUUCCGAAGCCUGUUCUUGCCGUUUUGUUCCUCUAUCCCAUAACUCAGCAGAGUGAAGAAGAGAGAAUGCGGCAGGAAGGUGUGAAAAAGGAACAUGGCAGUAAAGUUUAUUUCAUGAAACAAACUGUGGGUAAUGCUUGUGGAACGAUAGGGCUUCUUCAUGCUGUUGGGAACAUCAAUUCAGAUAUCAAGCUUCUUGAGGGAUCAUUCUUGGAUAAGUUUUUCAAAUCCACUGCAAAGAUGGAUCCACUGGAGCGUGCUGCAUAUCUUGAGAAUGACAGAGAAAUGGAAGUUGCACAUUCUGUAGCAGCAACAGCUGGUGAUACAGAGGCUUCAGAUAAUGUGGACACUCACUUUAUCUGCUUCGCGUGUGUGGAAGGAGAACUUUUUGAGCUUGAUGGAAGAAAGUCGGGACCAAUAUCACAUGGUGCAUCCUCGCCAAGCAACUUAUUGCAGGAUGCAGCUAAAGUCAUACGGAACAUGAUCCAGAAAAACCCUGACUCCCUUAAUUUUAAUGUAAUCGCCAUUUCAAAGAAAGCUGAAGGUGCAAUUUAAAUUUGGCAGUUUCAGGCUGUACAAGUUUUGUCCAGCCAUCCAUGAUGUGGUCGGUUGUAGGCUUUAUAAAACCCUUUGUCAUCAGUUAAAGACAUGCAGGGAAUAAUUUUCUGUUAAAUGUUCUGUGUAAAGCUAAAUCUUUAGCAUAAGAUUUCUAUUAUGAAUCUCGCUGGUUGGAUGUACGGUUUGAGUUCCAAUAUUGUUCAACCCUAACAUGAAUCCUAUACUAAUGAUUUGGGUAAGAAGAAAUGAUAUUAUAAUGGAUCAAUUAUUCAGAAAUUGGGUGAAA